AUGAUCAUAUGUUGGAUAUCAAAUACACUCUCUAAGGAUAUUGCAGAUAGUGUGAUGAGUUCCAAAACUGCUAAGGAACUUUGGGACAGUCUGGAGCAGAGGUUUGGCAAGUCAAGUGGUGCCAAAAUCUACCACCUGCAAAAGGAAUUAACAAGCCUAAUACAAGGGAAUAGUGACAUUGCAGGUUACUUCACCAAACUUAAGAGACUAUGGGAUGAAUUGGAUGGGAUAAAUGUAAUUGUUUGUUGCUCAUGUAAAUGCACUUGUGAUGGAAAAGCAAAAUUAACAAAAUCACUAGAAGAUCAAAGGUUAAUUCAAUUCCUAAUGGGACUAAAUGAUGUAUAUGCCCAGGCAAGAGGAAAUAUACUCAUGAUGAAUCCCUUACCUGGAAUGGAUGUUGCAUAUUUAUUGCUUUUACAGGAUGAGAAUCAAAGGGAAGUAUAUGCAAACACAAACUACAUCUCUGAUUCUGGAUCAUUCCUGGCAGCAAGUCAAGCAAAACAACAGGACAACAAACUAAUUGCUGAGUUUGCAGCAUUCAUGGCCACUGGACAGGGAAGAAGUACACAGAGAUUCAAACACCAAGCAAUGAGAGGAACAAACACAUACCAGAGGUACACCAAUCCAGGGCAUGUACAUGAAAAUUGCUACAGACUGCAUGGGUUUCCUGCAGAUUUUGAGUUCACCAACUCAAGAAACUAUCAGCCUCAGAUUAAAGCAAAUGCAACUUUGACUGAGCAAGCAGAUGAAGACUUUAGGAGGACAGAUCCUGAAAUCAGUGAUAGAAAUUUUGAGGAACAGUUCAGCAAGCAGCAGAUUGCAGAGAUGAUGCAAAUGUAUAAACAAAGCAAAUUGACACAAACAGGAAUCAAUGCAAAUGCAGUAGCUGGUACCAUCUUUAAAUACUCAAAUUCUGUGCCCACUAAUCUUAAGCAAAACACUUGGAUAAUUGAUUCAGGAGCCUCAGAACAUAUGUGUUUUGAUCCUAAUUCCUUCUUAUUUAUAAAACCCCUGCCUAUGCCUUUGAACAUUAAUUUACCUAACUCUUUCAAGGGCCUUUCAGUGAGGAGUCCUCAAGUUUUUGGUGAAGUUAGAGAAGGACUCUAUUUAUUGGAUUCCAACACUGAUAAAUCUAAAAAUAGUUUCAAUGAUGUAUCUCCAGAUCCCAUCCCAUAA